AUGAGCAAUGCACCUAGCGUCCCACACUUCCCGGAAGAGGACUCUAAACUGAGGGCCACGGCGGUGCAGGUGCGCCGCGGAGGGAACUGCACCAACUCGCUGGAAGUGCUCGCGCAGCUGCUCUCUGCUGGACCGCACCGGCCCAACGUCAAGCUGCACCUGGUGACAUGCCUGCCCGAUGCUCAGGCCGCUGCCACGAGCAAAAUCCUGUCUUCCUUUGGCGAACGCUCCGAGAAUGCCAUCGACUUCAGCCACUGUCUCUAUCGAGCAGGGCACGAGGAACCGGCCAGUAGUUACAUCAUUCGCAGCGGUGGCACGGGGAGCCGGACUAUUGUGAACUUCAAUGGCCUGCCGGAAAUGACGGUCAGAGAGUUCGAGAAGAUCGCCGAUGCAUUCGCUGAGCACGGAGAAGGAGAAGGAUUUUGGUGGCAUUUCGAGGGCCGAAUUCCGGAGACAACACUCCGAUGCAUCCGGUACCUCGGUCAGCUCGUGCCGGAGAGCACCAUCAGCGUUGAAGUCGAGAAGCCGGACCGGGAGGGUCUGAUCGAGCUUGCAGCUGAGGCUGAUGUAAUCUUCUACUCAAAAAGCUGGGCCGAGAGCCGGGGGUACACCAGUCCGCAGGCUUGUCUGGAAGCCGAGGCAACAUCGUCCAGGGCGUGA